AUGCCACUCCCAGAUUUGAGACCUUGGAUCUGCUUCUUGCUGCUGGAUUUGGCCGUACUCAGAGUGCUUCAGGGGACUUUGGGGGCCCUACUUCCUGGAGGGCUUCUUAGUCUGUGGCUAGAGGGAGUCCUGCGAUUUGGAGGACUGUGGGGGUUGCUAAAGCUGGGAGGUCUACUAGGAUUUGGGAGAACAUUGUUACCCUUACUCUGCCUAGUGACACCUCUGUUUCUUACGCUGAGGGCUCUGGUCCCAGGGGUCUUGAGUGCACCCCUAGACAGAGUAGCUUCAGGCUCUUGGAGCUGGCUGCUGACCAGCUAUGGGGCUACAGCGCUGAGCUGGGUAGUGUGGGCAGUCCUGAGCCCUCAAGAAGCCCCAGCUUCAGCCCAGGAGGAGAAUGAGAAUCAGGAGAACAAAGCUCUGAUGUGGAGACUGAUGAAGCUCUCCAGGCCAGACGUGCCUUACCUGGCUGCUGCCUUCUUCUUCCUUAUUAUGGCCGUUUGGGGUGAAACAUUAAUUCCUUACUAUUCUGGUCGCGUGAUUGACAUCCUGGGAGGUAAUUUUGAUCCUGAAGCCUUUUCCAGUGCCAUCUUUUUUAUGUGCCUGUUCUCCUUGUGGAGCUCACUGUCUGCUGGCUGCCGAGGUGGCUUCUUCCUCAUUGCCAUGUAUAGAAUCAACUUACGGAUCCGAGAACUUCUCUUCUCCUCCCUGUUGCGCCAAGACCUCGGCUUCUUCCAGGAGACUAAGACAGGGGAGCUGAACUCACGGCUGAGCUCGGACACCACCUUGAUGAGUAACUGGCUUUCUCUUAAUGCCAAUAUACUCUUGCGAAGUUUGGUGAAAGUGUUGGGACUGUAUAGCUUCAUGCUCAGCCUGUCACCUCGCCUCACCCUCCUUUCUCUGCUCAAUGUACCCCUCUCAUUAGCAGCCGAGAAGAUAUACAACACACGCCAUCAGGUGAUACUCCAGGAGAUCCAGGACACAGUGGCGAAGGCAGGGCAGGUGGUGCAAGAGGCAGUUGGAGGUCUGCAGACUGUCCGGAGUUUUGGAGCUGAGGAGGAUGAGGUCUGUCGCUAUAAGGAGGCCCUUGAACAUUGCCGUCGGCUGCGGUGGCAGCGUGACCUGGAGCGAGCGCUAUAUCUGCUGUUCCGGAGGCUGCUGCAGUUGGCUGUGCAGGUGCUGAUGAUGAACUGUGGCCUGCAGCAGAUACUGGCGGGAGAUCUCACGCAGGGCGGGAUGCUCUCCUUUCUGCUCUACCAGGAGGAUGUAGGCCAUCAUGUGUUUAGCCUGGUGUACAUGUGGGGAGAUAUGCUGAGCAAUGUGGGAGCUGCAGAGAAGGUUUUUUGCUACUUGGACAGACAACCAAACCUACCCCCAUUGGGGACUCUAGCCCCUUCCAUUCUGGAGGGGGUUGUGGAAUUCCAGAAUGUCUCUUUUGCUUACCCCAAUCGCCCUGACCAACCUGUGCUAAAGGGGCUGUCAUUUACUCUUCGUCCUGGUGAGGUGACUGCACUCUUGGGGCCCAAUGGGUCUGGGAAGAGCACAGUUGCUGCCCUGCUGCAGAAUCUGUACCAGCCCACGAGGGGUCAGGUGCUCCUGGACGGGGUGCCCAUCUCCCAGUACGAGCACCACUACCUGCACAGAAAGGUAGCUUUGGUUGGGCAGGAGCCUGUCCUCUUCUCGGGCUCCGUGAGGGACAACAUUGCUUAUGGGCUGGAGAACUGCGAGGAUGAGAGGGUUAUGGCUGCUGCCAGGGAUGCCCAUGCAGAUACAUUCAUAGCAGAAUUGGAGCACGGAAUGCAUACAGAGAUAGGUGAGAAAGGGAGCCAGUUAGCUGUGGGACUGAAACAACGUCUUGCCAUUGCCCGGGCCCUUGUGCGUGAUCCACAAGUCCUCAUCCUGGAUGAAGCCACUAGUGCACUCGAUGUUGAGUGUGAACGGGCGCUGCAGGACUGGAGAGCCCAUGGAAACCGAACUGUGCUGGUGAUCGCUCACAGGCUGCAGACGGUUCAGAGUGCUAACCAGUUUCUGGUGCUCAGGCAGGGGGAGCUGCAGGAUCGGGACCAGCUCAUGGAGCAGCAGGACCCCUAUGCCCGCCUGGCUUUCCAGGGACAGUUUCAGCCAGAGGACUGA